AUGCUCUCUCAUAAAAUCUGGAACGACUCGUCCAUGGUUGGCAAACAUUGGGCAGAAGUGUCGACCAUGUUCACCUCCCAGGAGGUCCUGGCGAUGGAGCGCGAAGUGCUCCUUCUGCUUAGAUAUGAUCUCGAAGUGACAACUGAAGAAAUCUGGAAGACCGCGAGACCGUUUAUGGGUGCACCUUGGUUGGCAUUGAGCAAGAGCGAGAAGGAGCGCGUGCGCAAAUGUGAAAGUCGGCUCGCAGGUGAAGCAACAGGCAACGCUUAUGUUGUGGAGAGGCAGGAACAACUGGCGCCUA